AUGAAGCCGAGCGCGCCGCCGACUCGCUUCCCGAAGAACAAGGUCCGCAUCCUGCUGCUCGAGAACGUGCACCAGCGCGCCAUCGACAUGUUCCACCAGGAGGGCUUCUACGUCGAGACAGCGACCGCGCUGAGCAAGGAGGAGCUGCUUGACAAGCUUGCGGGCAGGAACGGGCACGAGGCGAUCCACGCCAUCGGCGUCCGCUCCAAGACGGUGCUCUCCGCCGAGUGCUUUGAGCUCGCCAAGCGGCUGCUCUGCGUCGGGUGCUACUGCAUUGGCACGGACAACCACGACCUGCCAAAGGCGGAGCAGUGCGGGAUCCCGAUCUUCAACGCGCCCUUCGCCAACACGCGCUCCGUCGCCGAGCUCGUCAUCACCGAGAUCAUCGCCCUCUCCCGCCAGCUCAUGGACCGCUCUGCAGAGUGCCACCGUGGCGGCUGGUACAAGGCGAGACGCUUCCGAGACGCAUUGCAAUCUCCCCCUCCGCAGGUGUCCAAGGGGUGCUGCGAGGUGCGCGGCAAGACGCUCGGCAUCGUCGGGUACGGGCACGUCGGCUCGCAGGUCUCCGUGCUGGCCGAGUCGCUGGGCAUGCGCGUUGUCUACCACGACGUGAUUCCGAAGAUGGCGCUCGGCAACGCGAGCCAGUGCGGCAGCAUGGAGGAGGUGCUGGAGCAGGCGGACUACGUCACGCUGCACGUGCCGCGGCUGCCGUCGACCAAGAACCUGAUCGGCGCGGCGCAGCUCGCGGCGAUGAAGAAGGGGUCGUACCUGAUUAACGCGGCGCGCGGGGAGGUCGUCGUCGUCGACGACCUCGCAGAGGCGCUGCGCAGCGGCCACCUCGCCGGCGCCGCCGCCGACGUCUUUCCGUCCGAGCCAAAGAAGAACGGGGAGGAGCUGUUCGAGUCGCCGCUGUGCGGCUUGCCCAACGUCAUCCUGACGCCGCACAUCGGAGGCUCGACCGAAGAGGCGCAGGCGGCCAUCGGCGUCGAGGUUGCGAGCGCGAUGAUCAAGUGCAUCAACACGGGCGUCACAUACGGCGCAGUCAACUUCCCGCAGGUCGACAUCAUGCCUCGCGUCGGCACGCACCGGCUGAUCAACUGCCACCGCAAUGUGCCCGGCGUGCUGAUGAAGGUCAACACGGCGCUCUCGCAGGCGGGCUGCAACAUCUUUGCGCAGCAGCUGACGACCUCCGAGACGGUGGGCUACAUGGUGGUCGACGUCGACGUCUUCACCUCCGAGGAGUGCAUGACCAUCAUCAAGUCGCUCGGAGAGUCGAUCCGCUCGCGCAUCCUGUGGGCGCAGUGAGGCGGCGCCGCGCCGGCCGACCGCACGGCCCCCAGGCCGACCGCACGGCUCAGAUUCCAUGGCUCUGAUUCCAUGGCGCAGAUCGCACUCUAUCGCUAGUGCCCUCUGCUGGCGCCUCUCCGCCCCCUCUUGCGCCGCGCGCUUGCCUAGCUUGCCGCUGUUCCUGACAUGUACUUAUGAGUCUGUGGCCGGGGGCACGUCG